AUGGAUGCGCGUGGCUGGAAAGAAAUGGAGGUUGCUCUGGUCAAUUUUGAUAACUCAGAUGAAAUCCAGGAAGAGCCAGACUAUGCCACAGAUUUUGACCCAACCAACCCAAAAGGCCAGUCUGGAAGCAGCCCCUUCUCCAACUGGAGGAUCCUCAUCAGUGACAGCACCAACCAUGAGACGACCUUCUCUAAGCUCCCAGGAGACUAUGUGGAUCCCCCAGGGCCUGAGUCAGUGGUCUUGAAUGAAGGGAACCAGCGGGUGAUCAUCAACAUCGCUGGGCUGAGAUUUGAAACCCAACUCAGAACCCUCAAUCAGUUCCCAGAGACCCUCCUGGGAGACCGGGAGAAAAGGAUGCAGUUCUUCGACUCCAUGAGAAAUGAGUAUUUCUUUGACAGGAACCGGCCCAGUUUUGAUGGAAUCCUAUAUUAUUACCAAUCUGGUGGAAAAAUCCGGCGCCCAGCCAAUGUCCCUAUCGAUGUCUUUGCUGAUGAGAUCUCCUUCUAUGAGCUGGGUAGCGAGGCCAUGGACCAAUUCCGGGAGGACGAAGGCUUCAUCAAAGACCCUGAAACAUUGCUCCCCACCAAUGACUUCCACCGGCAGUUCUGGCUUCUCUUCGAGUAUCCUGAGAGCUCCAGUGCUGCCCGUGGUGUAGCAGUGGUCUCUGUGCUGGUUGUGGUCAUCUCCAUCACAAUCUUCUGCCUGGAGACACUACCUGAGUUCCGGGAGGAUAGGGAGCUGAAGGUGGUAAGAGACCCCAGCCUCAACACAAGCAAGACAUUCCUUUCCCACACCAUGUUCACUGACCCUUUCUUCAUGGUAGAGUCCACCUGCAUCGUAUGGUUCACCUUUGAACUGGUGGUCCGGUUUGUGGUCUGCCCCAGCAAGACUGACUUCUUCAGGAACAUCAUGAACAUUAUCGAUAUCAUCUCCAUCAUCCCCUACUUUGCAACCCUCAUCACAGAGCUUGUCCAGGAGACAGAGCCGAGCGCCCAGCAGAACAUGUCCCUGGCCAUCCUGAGGAUCAUCCGGCUGGUGCGGGUCUUCCGCAUCUUCAAGCUCUCCCGCCACUCCAAGGGGCUGCAGAUCCUGGGGCAGACGCUGAAGGCUUCCAUGCGGGAGUUGGGGCUGCUCAUCUUCUUCCUCUUCAUUGGAGUCAUUCUCUUCUCCAGUGCAAUCUACUUUGCUGAGGUAGAUGAGCCAGAGUCCCAUUUCUCUAGCAUUCCUGAUGGUUUCUGGUGGGCAGUGGUCACCAUGACAACUGUGGGCUACGGAGACAUGUGCCCAACCACCCCAGGAGGGAAAAUUGUGGGCACUCUGUGUGCCAUUGCAGGGGUCCUCACCAUUGCCCUCCCUGUGCCUGUCAUUGUCUCCAACUUUAACUACUUCUACCAUCGGGAGACUGAGAAUGAGGAGAAGCAAAACAUCCCAGGAGAAAUCGACAAAAUCCUCAACAGCAUGGGUUCAAGAAUGGGCAGCACAGACUCUCUUAGUAAGACCAAUGGUGGCUGCUCUGCAGAGAAGUCCAGGAAGUGAUCUGUCCAAGGCUUCUUGGCUCCCUGAGUCUCCUUGUGUCUCUCUGUCUCUCUCUCUGUCUCUUUGUCACCCUCCCCCGCCCAGUCUCUCUCUUCCUUCUUCUUGCCUCUUGCUCUCUGUUUUUCCAAAGACCAAAGUUUAUCUUUUGUGACCAACAGGCCAUCUUUGACUGCCAGCUGUUUUAAUAAACCCGUACUUCUGCUGUAUUUUCUGAGCUGUUUCUUCUCAACCAACUCUAGGAAGACUUCAGUCUCCUUUCCUGCGAGGGGAUACUUCUCCCAGUCCCUUGCUUCUCACCAGUGGUCCCCAAGACCAACAGGAUUGGUAUCACCUGGGAGCAACGAAAUGCAGAAUCUGAGCCCACCUCAGACUGACUGAACCAGAAUCUGCAUUUUAACAAGAUUCCAUCUUUAAUGUUCUCAUUAAAGAUGACCCUGGCUUUGGACUUCCUAAGAGGAAGUGUAUUAAAAGGCCAAAGAUCGCUGUGAGCAAUAAGCAAGAGCUCAGAGUUGUUUAAUGAUAAUACCUUACACUUGUGUAGUAUUGCACAAAUUUUCCAAAGCUCUUUUACCUACAUUAUCUCACUGCAUCUCAAAAUAACCAAUUGAACAGAUUUGAUUAUCAUUUCGAUGUUCAGAUGAGCAAAACAAGGACAGAGACCUACCUAAGGUCACCCAGAACAGUAACAGUCACCGUUGGAAUCCAAAUCUCCUACUCACUUAGUCUAGUGCUCUUUCCACUAACCAAGAGGUUUUGAUGGAAUUAGCAGGAGGGGGAGAGGAACUUGAGGGGUCUGUCUUGCAGAGGAUCCAGGUAGCAAGCCCCUCGGCAGGAACACUCUUCCCCGGGGGUCCCAUCAUGUCCACGCAGCCUGGUAAGGCAGCGCCUGCCUGGCCCUCUUGCUCCUCCGUCCCUUCCUUGGACAAUGGACAAGCAGAAACAUUCCAAGAUGUUUUUCAUUUGGCCAGUCUCCAUGAAUUUGUGCAGAAACUGGGGGUCCUAGGUGUGGGGUGAGUAUACACCAGGGCUUUGGAGGAUUGCUCCAUGGAAAUGGACAUGUCCACCUGCCUCAAGGUUCAGCUCCCAUUGAAUCUUCAGGAAUUGACCAGCAGGUUGUGGGGAGCUGGGGCGGAAGGAGCAGGGCCCUAAGUCAUGUGUCCAGAGGCCAGGCCUAACCAAGGAGGGUGGUUGGGGCAGGCCCACCUGAGGAACUGCCUUCUUGGGAAAGGACCCUGCUCAGCCCGCCAAGCUCCUAGGAUGAGGGAAUGGAGUUGGGAAUCCCCAAAAGGUGCAAAAGACACUCUCCACUCUGUCCCUCCCCAUUUAUCCCCUCGAGUAAGGAGGCCCCGUGCCUUCCUGAGGCCCAAUACCCAACAUCCAGCCACACCUCAAAGGCGAGUCAAUGCCCCUGGUCAGUAGGGCACUCACAGCUCCACUCAACUCAGCAAGACACGGUGCUGCAGCCACAGAUGCCACCACAUGACUUCCCCUUCAUGACGGCCAAACAAAUGAGCUGGUGUGAGAGAAAGCCUGUGCCCUAAGAAGCUGGACUUAGUCAUCUUUAAGUCCCCCUCCUGCUCUAUCAACCUCAAUCCCCUUCUUGCACUUUAACCCCAAGCUCCACUUUAGCCCUGAGUCGGGCAGAGACCUAGCCUGGGCUUCACACAGAUACUGCUGCCCCCAGGCCUGGGCGUGCACGCCAGUCCCAGGCCUGAGACUCAGGGUCGUGGGAUUUGGAGUGUCUUCCUCACAAUUUUCUAAGUUCCCUUCCAAUUUCUCCCCUUCUGGGCACUCUCCAAUUCUGUGCCCACCCCUCACGCCCAAGCAAGUGGUGUUGACCAGAUGUCGGGAGGAGCUCCUAGACUCACACACAAGGGAUCGCACUGAAGGUCUGUGCCACUCCAGUUCCAGAAUGGGGAUCUGGUGGGCAGUUUGCUCACUGGCUGGUGUGGCAUUUGUUUUACAGGAUCACACUAGCUCAGAUGCCAGAAUGGUGACAGCACUCUGAUUUUAGGUGACACCAAUCUUUAUUUACACAGAGACUUUGCAAAAAGAAUUUGCCCAGGAUCCCAAGCGUCUUUGACAAAAGAGUCCACAUGCCCACAUUCUGCCCUCUGGGAGGCACGUCAUCAUAAUCCUUUAUACCAAAACCUCUCCCCACAGAGAGACCCUUUGCCCCUCACAUCCGCCCCCUGAAGUAGAUAUUAUUAACCCCAUUUUGCUAUGUAAGGAAACUGGUUCAGAGAGGUUCAAGGGCAUACAGCCAGGAAGCGGCAGAGAAGGAUUUGAAUCUAGGUCUCUUUGAUGCCAAAAUGUGUGUCCCACCAUGCUAUCUGCCCAGAGCUUCCUAACCAGAACAGCCUCUGCCUGAGUAGGGGAGCAGGGCUUUGGUCACAGAGAUAGGCCUGGCACGUUUUGGGAACAGGGAGGCUGGUUCUCUGAAGGCCCCUGCUUUCUUAUUCUCUGACUCUAUGUUCAGCGGUGGGGCCACAUGCUGGCCUUACCGUUUCACAUGCUGCGAACAGAGUGGGAUAAUAAGACCCCAGGCUGACCCAAUGCCCCAGAGGUCAGGGAGGAGCCCAGAGCCUGCAGCCCCAGACUUUCUCUUCCCAGGGUCCUGCCGAGAAGAAUACAGACAGAGCAGGGCAGAAGGGAGCCACUCUUUCUUUAGCUAAUCCAAUUAUCCCCACAGGGUGAGGAGGCCUGCUCAUAACCUUCUGAUGCCCACGAAGCAGGCCCUGGCCUUCAGGCUGGUGCCAGGGAAUGGGGACUGCAGAAGCAAGCCCUCCACUCCCCAUGCCACUGCUGCCAAUGGGGCUGGCAUCCCGGUCCCUGUGUGCCAGCACUGAGUCAUCUAUUUCUUCCCAAGCAAUCCAGGGAGAUGGGCUAUGGGGGCCUCUCUCACUGCACAUCUGCCCAGCCUCCUGUUUGUAAUGAGAUCUGUUGCCUAUAGCAGAGCACACAGGUGACCUACUGACAGGGGAAGACAGGACAGGGCUGCCCAGGGGAUGCAGUGCGAAACACAAAAGGAAAGAUAUGCCCACUGCCCUCAGGGAGGGAAGGACCUGUCGGCAGCUGGCUGAGAGAACCCCCGUUGUAGGAACACAGAGCAAGGCCCUUGGCUUCAUUCCAAUUCAUUCCAAAAGUUACCAUUUACUGAGCUGCUACUGUGUAGCAGACACUUUGUAGCCACUGAGCAAGGACACAGAAAGAGCAAACAGGUCCCUUUAAAUUUUCACAGCAAAAAUACGCAAAUAAUGUAAAAGAAACAACAAAAACAUUUCAGAGGGUGCUACAAUUUGCAGAAGGCUUCCAAAUCUUGUGUUUUCUUUUCCACCAUAUCAUGCCGGCUGUCUUUGCAAAGAACUCUGCAAGUCUGGACUGACAGUUGUGUCUAUUCACCACUCUUUUAAAAAAGUCCCUAAUAAAUCAGAAACCACAAAACGUUUCAAAACCUUAAGGGUUUCUGAGUGGAAAGCUCUCUAGACUUGGAAUCAAAAGACCUGGCUGAGUUUUACUAAUUCUGUGACUUUGGCCUUACCGAGCUUCAGUCUCCUUAUGUGGAAAAAGGAGAUAAAAAAUACCCGCCUCACAGCAAAUGCGGUGGCAUUGUCCCUCCGACCACCUCUCGCCUUCUCCCCCUCCCCCACCAUAAGGAGCAGGCCCUGAGUACUUCCAGCUGCCCUCCCUCACCCAAACUGUAGGCUCCUCAGGACCUCCACAGGCUGCCGAAGUGGCUGCUUAGGACCUGCCCUCUCUUAGAGACAGGUCCAUUGUGACUUCCUGUUUCUCUGAUUCUUAUACUUGUACUCACCUUCUUUGAGCUUACUUCCAAAUCUAAAAAAUGGACAGAAUUACACCUGUCUCAUCAGGCUGUUGGGAGGAAUCAAUGAUGGAGUGUUAUUAAAAGUAAUUUAUGGCUAUAAAGCACUACACAAAUGAAAGGAAUUAUUGCUCUUUAAGAGCUGUUAUUUUGGACCAAUUAACACUGCCCCAAUAAGUGUAGAACUUACCUUUAGCAAUCCAAGUCAGACCAUGACCGUAAGCAGAAGGCAACUUAUUUCAAAGACAGCAUGAAAAUAGAAUUAGUGGAUGUGGGGCAGGGAAAGGAGUAGGACUGGAAUAGCACCGUGCUCAGUCAACAGCGGCUGCCUCUGGGCGCUUCACACACGUGUUGUUUCAUCUCAUCUAAAACAGCCACCAUAGGUAGGUAUUAUCACCACUUUACAGAUAAGGAAAUUGAAGCUUCAAAAAGUUAAGUAACCUCUCCCUGUGACAUACUUGGGGAGAGUUGCAGGCAUCCCAAAUGAAGGGAGUGCCAAAUCAGAGUGGUCAGACAUAGAUGGUGCUCCAACUGUCCUAUCCUCCCAACUUCUUGCCCAAAGACCCAACCCCCAAGUCUGUCACCCUCA